CGGGGGGUACGAACGGGAACCUCGGCGGUGGCGGGGGGAUGCUCGGGGGAGCCCUCAGCAGGUUCCUGGUGAAAUGAGCAGCAAAGCACGAGCCUCGGGUGUUUGCUGGCAGCUGGGCAAGGUGCACAGGGCUCCUGGCAGCCUGCAGGCAUGGAAAUGCAAGCAGGACUGAGCUGAGCGAGCUGUGGCCUUCACCACGAGCAUCCGGCACUGCCGCGUGGCUUUUUCCACCCAAAUUUUCCCUUUAUUAUGACCUGUUCCUCAAAGGUGUUCUUCUAGAUCCGUGUUUUUCCUGGGAAUGGAGGUGCCCUUCGUGCUGCUUCUGACCAGGCUCGUGGCAGAAGUUGCUGGAAAAUCCACAGAAAACUCGGUGCCAGACCCGGAAUGUUGUGUGGAAACGUUGGAUUCCAACAGCUCCUGCCCCGUGCCCCAGCAGUGCAGCCCAGGAUGCUACAGGAGGUGGAACGAGGAUGGGAGCAGCAGCUGCAUCAGGUGCAGGAAUGAGAGCCUGGGCAGCCCCUCUGGGCACAACCUCAGCGAGUGCAGGAGCUCUGGGGGCAGAGGGCUGAGCUCCCACCUGAACGGGAGCACUCCUCUCAUCCAGAACUUGGGGGGCCCCGAAGUCGCCGCCUCCCUGAUUUUGGGGACCUUUUUCCUCAGUUUAUUCCUGAUCCUUUCUGUGGCUUCUUUUUUCUACCUCAAACGAGCCAACAGACUCCCAAAGGUUUUCUACAGGAGGAACAAAGCAUCUGUUCUCCAGCCCAGUGAAACAGCAUCCAUGAUCCCUCCUCCAGCUUCUUCAGUGCUGCUUUGGGUUGAAAAGAAUAAAAUGUGCUUUAAAACUGGAUUUUAACCCCCGGUGUUUCCUGGUUUGUAUCUUUGUAAACAGUGCCAAAAUAAAGAGAUUUCAGCUUUUCUUUUUUGGCUUUCCAGCUUUUUUUUUGGGGGGGUUGAUUAGAAAAUAAACCAGGGAAAAAAAUAUUGGGAAAAAUCAAAUUCCAAACCUGUGCUGGCCCUCAGGGAGAGCUGAGCAGGGAAAUUUCCCUGUGGAAAAUCCCAAAAUUCCAGGAGCUGCAAUUCCAGAGGCUCUGGAAUUGGGAGAGCGUUAAUUAGGAGCGAGCAAUUAGCGUGGACUUAAUUGAGAUGUUUACAUCGAGCAGGUAAAGCCGGGCUUUAAUUCCCUUUUCCCCUCCCUGUUCCCCACUGGGAUGGGAUUUGGGGUUCUGGGGUUGGGAUUGGGGAAUUCCCAAUUCCCUGUGCCAGUGACGUCA